AGUAUAAAACGGGGCUGGAGUUCAAGAGGACCACAAAAACAAGUUAGUGAAGCUUUAGUCUCAUUGCACCCACCGGCAACCGGAGUUGGUCCAAUACGAGAAAAACACGCCAACGUCAACAAACUCGAUGUUAUGACGCAGAUUUAGGAACUUUCCACGGACUUUUUCCUGACCGAUACGAAUUUAGGACUUUUAAAAGCAACGCGGUUUUUUAUCAUCCUUUUCACGUAUCGGUGAUGCCCGCUGGUAUGUUUAGCAUCGACAGUAUCCUGGCCGGGAGACCCACUUGCAAGGACUCAGUGCUCCUCCAUCGGAAUGCCCCGGUGGUGUUCUCGAACCUCACGGAUUCCAUCUACACCACUGCCGAUUAUAAUGGACUCUACUCACACACUACUGGCUCUUCUCCCUCGGCCAUCCAGGCGGUGAACGGGACUAGAAUAGGAUAUAAUAACUAUUAUUAUGGACAAAUGCAUGUGCAGGGCCCCAGUGGCCCUGCUUGCUGCAGCGCUAUCCCAGCCCUCGGCUCGCAACAGUGUCCGUGUAUUCCAACCGGUUAUGACCACACGGGCUCCAUGCUCAUCUCUCCCAUCCCGCACCAGAUGAUGUCCUAUAUGAACGUGGGCACCUUGUCUCGGACGGAGCUCCAGCUCCUGAACCAGCUCCACUGCCGACGCAAGAGAAGACACCGGACUAUCUUCACCGACGAGCAGCUCGAGGCCCUGGAAAAUCUCUUUCAGGAGACAAAGUACCCUGACGUCGGCACACGGGAACAGCUCGCGCGAAGAGUGCAUCUACGGGAAGAGAAGGUCGAGGUGUGGUUCAAAAACAGACGAGCGAAAUGGAGAAGACAGAAAAGGUCGUCUUCGGAAGAGUCUGAAAACUCGCAGAAAUGGAACAAAUCGAUGAAAACACCCACAGAGAAAACCGAGGAAAACAAAAGUGACGUGGAUUCGGACAGCUGAUAAUAUUCUAACUAACACAAAACAAUAGAAAAGACCGUUGGUUGCAUAGUGUAUGGGGUGGAUGCACAAAUAGGCUACAUACUCGAUUGGGACUUCUUGUACAUAGUGUAAAUGUAAUGUGGACUGAAGUAAUGAAAUAUUUUGCCAUGAUGUUGCACAGUUGUAUAGUAAAUAUUACUUUUAUUAUUGCUAUGUGGUAAGCUAUUUAUAUUUAAUUUAAAGUUUUUGUUACGCAUAACGUCCCGAAGAUGUGGUGAGCAAGGAGCCUUGAUGAGUUUUCUGGCGUGUGUUAAUACUUCGCGAGCUGACAUGACAUCUCAUAUUUGAGUGGUGUAUUCAUCAUCACGAUUUACAGCAAAUCAUAUUCUGAAACUACAUCAAUGGGGAGAAUAUAUUUCAUAGAGUUAACGGAAAUCACACGUAAUAUGAAACAGCGUUUUGUCACCUUUAUAAGAUAAAAGGACAAGGCUAUAUUUGUCAACUCAUAACCAUACAGACGUGUUUGGGGAUUUGACUAAAUUGAUUUGUCAAUAUGUUCCAAUGAAUGAUAAUUACAGGAACAAUGAAUAUACAUUAAUCAUAUCUGAAUCCUCUCUAUUUCCUUUGUCUCCUUCCACAUUUUUAAAAUCUAUUUCUAAUCAUAUGAUCUAUGUUUAUGAUUUGGAAAUUAAUAGGCCUAGAUUGACGGUAGGCUAAAAGUGUGUUGUUUUCCAGAUGCAAGACAUUUGAAAAAAAUGCAAAAUACACCCUUUUUCUUGGAAAUAGCGCUUGAAUCGCAUGUGGAUAAAUUCAGGAAAAGGGUCCUAAAUGAUAAAGUUGAUAUGAAGCUUCUAGUCUUCUUAUAACGUUUUCUUGAACGCGUCAGGUAGGCUAUCAAACACAAGAGUAGUAAUACAGAUUAAAUUAUUUCCGAUUCAUGCGCAUACAUGAAGCCUCUGAUGUGGCAAAAUAGACAGUGACAAUAAAUAUAUCAUUUACUGUCGAGAUUGUUUUGCCACCUUCAAUUAAAAGGAAACAAAAAUAGUUAUCAAAAUGACAAUUAUUUCGUUUAGAAUUGGCAAAGCUCAACCAAUCACUUAAAAAAACAUUCAAAACAAACGUGGUUUCAAAAAGAUUCCUUAUGAUACGUAUUUUUAUGUGCCUAAUUCCUGGUUAGCCUAAUAGCCUAUACACUAUACACUAAUUUAUUUUUGACAAAUCAACGAUUGUCUUUAUAGCCUAAUGAUAAUGGGAUUAUCUGUUACUGUUUAUUAUCUAUCCUGUUGCCUAGUCACUUUAUCCCUACCUAUAUGUACAUAUAUACCUCAAUUAGUCUACCUUGUAGCCUGCACAUCGACUCCGUACUGGUACCCGGUGUAUAUAGCCAAGUCAUCGUUACUCAUUGUGUAUUUUAUCCCUAAUGUUAUUUUUGUAUUUAUUAUUUCGCCUUUUCUCUCUCUGCAUUGUUGGGAAGGGCCCGUAAGCGGUUCACUGUUAAUAUAUACCUGUUGUUUACGAAGCAUGUGAAAAAACAAUUUGAUUUGAUUAUUGUUGUUAUGCAAAUCAUUCAUAUUUCAGCAAGCAACUCAACACAAUUGUCUUUCACAGCUGUAGGUUAUUAAGGCGAUUAAAUAACACAAUUUUGUC